AUUUGUUGGGAGAGCAAAAAUAAUCUACGAGUCUACUCUAUACUUAAGAAAUGGCCUUGGUGCAGCCUCACAUCACAGUGGUAUCUCGUUCGACACGCAACCAAAGGGCUCCCGGUGUGAGGGCUUGGGGAGGAGAAACGUUAGGUAUUAUGGGGAGUUUAGGCGGCACUGUUGCCAGAAGCAUCGAGAGUCGCGGCAUCGUGAGUGGUCCGAGUGUCGGUAACCUCGUCAGCAGUGGUGGAGGUAGCUCCGGGGGGCCCAGCCUGGCAGCCCUGUCUUCAGCGGUGGCAGCAACACACAACACCAACUCGCUAUUUAUGGCGAACAGUAUUCAAGCCACGGCUGCCACACAACAACGGGCUGUCAGUGAAAUGCUCAGACAUAUGCAAGGCCUUGGGAACAGAAGCUUAACUGGCUUCGUGGGGAGACCAUAUGGCAGUGGGGGUGGGAACAGCAUGAUGGGUCUCCACAGCAAUUUUGGAGGAGACUCGGCCCCUCCACCUCUCGAUUUAUCUGAAUUUCCUUCCCUCUCUUCACGAAACACUGAUAGCUCUCAACCAAACCCAAUGGCUGGGAGACAACCUUACGUUGGCAUGGUAAAGCAACCUACUCCAGAGACCUCAGAAUUCACUAUGAGCAGUGAAGACUUCCCAGCGUUACCUGGUUCUCAAGCGAAUCCCACUGGUAAAAUUUUUUCGCCAUUUUCAGAUGAUGGGUUUUCUAAUAAUGAAAAGAAAUCUAAUUCUACGACGGGCACAGACACCCCAUCAGAUUUGGUAUUACGGGCAGCGGAAAAGAGCCAGUCUCAGAAAAGAGGGAUUCAGACGUCGCCUGAUGGCAAGGUGACCAACAUUCCCGGGGGUAUGGUGACUGAUCAGUUUGGUAUGGUGGGUCUCCUAACAUUUAUCAGAGCAGCGGAAACGGACCACAACCUUGUCUCUCUGGCGUUAGGCUCUGAUCUCACUACUUUAGGUCUUAAUCUGAAUUCUCCAGAAAAUCUUUAUCCAAAUUUUGCCGGCCCCUGGGCAGAGACACCGUGCAGACCACAAGAUAUUGACUACCACGUACCCCAAGAGUAUCUUACAAAUCAACAGAUAAGAGGCAAGUUAGCGCCAGUCAAGUUUGAUAGAUAUGGGGAAGACCUCCUCUUUUAUAUGUUCUACUCUAAUGCUGGGGAUCUGCUACAAAUACUUGCUGCAUCUGAAUUGUAUAACCGGGACUGGAGAUAUCACAAGGAGGAACGUGUAUGGAUAACCAGAGCACCGGGGAUGGCGCCUGUGGAUAAGGGUCCAAAUUAUGAGCGUGGGACAUAUUUUUAUUUUGAUGCCCAGAAUUGGCGGAAAGUUCCAAAGGAGUUUCACCUGGAGUAUGACAAGUUGGAAGAGCGGCCCCACAUCCCCACCCCUGGUGGUCUCAUCCACACUCCAACUUCAUCUACUCUGUGACCACCCACAACUUCUUGCCAUGCCCAAUACCAUCCUCGCAGAGGAGCUUAGGCAGAGGAGCCUGAGCCCAGUUUUUGUGGUGGAAUCAAAUUGCUAUUUAUUAACUAUUUUAUUACAAGACUUCAUUUAUAUGACCUGAAACUCAACCUGUCCAUUUUAAAUCUUCCAGUUGUAUUUAUAUACCUAGUGUACAGUGAUAACUACAAUAGAAGUUUUGAUAAGCCAAAUCCUACUUCAUUUACCAUAAAGACUGGGCAUUUGCACCCAUAAGAGAGCCACCACAUUUUACCAACAUGGUUUGAGUAAAGUGCAGCUGUUUUAAGCACAAGACCAAUGGGCAAUGAGAAUGAAAGGGGGCACCGUAAUACCUUCAUUAAUGAGACAGUAUUCAAGAGUUUAUUUUUAUUUUCAUUUUUUAUUUAUUUUUUUAAUUUGAGAUUUUAAUGUAUUUUAGCUAUAUGCUGAAUUAGCACUAGAUUUCUAAUAUGGCCCUGAGUGUUACAAAUACUUGCUUUUUUUGAAGCAUAGAAAAAUAAAUAUUAUAUUUGAACUUAAUCCAGGUUUAAUGGUGGCUAAAGUGUCACAUUUGUAGUAAUAUGGGUGAUAUUGGCCCUUAUUGCUCUACCAGGGUUAUGGGCUACUUAACAAAUGUACAGUCACUGUGUCAUUGUGAUGCAAGGAGCUUUGGGCACCUUUUUAAGUGGCCAUUAAAGUCAAGGAAUGAAUAACCCAUUAGAUCGUGGGUUGUCUAGAGUUCAUAACUGGAGUUGUACUCGGGUUUGUGGAUUGCGAGGUUCCACAAAAUUUUAAUGUUGGUUCAUUUGGCAUUUUGUGCACUUGACCUGCAGAUUAUUUUGGAGUGUAUCUUCCAGCAAUACUGGAUUACAGUAUGUUCAUUAAAAUUGUUGCAGAUAUCCCACUUCAUUAUCUUUCAAUAGUAAGAUAGAGGAGUAUCCUCUUGAUCCCCUGGCUAAUAAUAAUAAUAGAUAUUUUGUUUUUCCCUUUAAUGAUUUGGUACCCCAAGAUAAACGUCAUCCAGUUUCUAGUAUUUUCAAUUGUGAAAAUUUGAUCGGCGAGUGUGUAAAUGGUGUCCCAAGUAAAGAUGAAUUUAAAAUUGUGGGUGCAAUUAUGGGAAGAGUAGAUUUUUUCGUAAUUAUUAUUAUUAUUAUUAUCAUUUUCAGUGACGAAGAGACAAAAAGCUGUCUUAAUAGUUGACAUAACUGAGUUGGUAUUGAGAUUGAUAUCUAAGUCAUCUUAUUUCUCUCGUUUUUAAGUUCUAGUUUAUGAAAUGUUGCAUUAUUAAUGUGCAUCGCUCAGCAAUCUAGUGCUUAAAAAUUUUCCUCCUUCCUAUUAUGAAUCUAGACUGUAUACUCAGUUCCAACUCAGAUACCAUUUUGGAUAUACAGCCCAGAGUACUAGACUUUACAUCGUACACAGUCUGUUCUUCCCUGUUAUAGUGUUACCGUUGUUGCAAGCAUUUAAGAGAACAAAAUACAGGUAAAUAAAAAAAGCUGGUAGCACUUUAUCUACAGAUUUUACAGUUGAAACUAUAAACUUAAGUUUUUGACACGUUAAAUGUAGUUCAUGGAUAAGGAAUGGAAAAUUUUUAAAUUCUUUCCAAGUUUUUAGCUUAUAGGUUGCAAAGACUUUAAGGCAGAGUUUUAUUGUGAUACAAAACAUUAACUUGUUAGCCCAGUAAUUAAUGCCAACAUCACUCUUAAAGAGCUUCCCUAAGGGCUCCCUUGAGGCCUUGACAUAUUUUCACUUUACAAUAAUAAAAAAGAGUACAAAGCCAAUUUCACUACAACAAAAGGAGCAGACUGGUGAUGGUGUAUGGAUUGAGCAAAUCUGUAACAUGAACCUAUUCCUUGAUGUUUCUUCUUGAUGUAUGUAUAAUUAUGUACACAGUCAAUAUUAUUCUGUACCAAAUAGAUCUUGUUUUACAGUA